GUAAAAUAAAACCGCACUGUGUCACUAAUUCAGAUGAAUUUAAUUAAUGCACUGACAGCUGCCCUUCAGGACAUGCAGCCACUGCAACCUGAGGUCUGCUCCCAGUUACUGAUAAGCGGCUGAUAAGGGUGCACUCACGCUUACAGGCGAGGGGGCGGAUACAAGUCGGUGUGCUCCUCAGCCAGCCACUCCACUCCAGCAUGGCCACCCCCGGGGGCAGGGCAGACACAGCUUCAUGGAUGGUGAUGCCAGAAAAGAACUGGAGUUGUCUUUCAUAAUGUAUAACCACAGUGUACGAGGAGACAUCUCACAGUAAUACUGAGCCACAGCCCGUUUGUGUUCUUUGCACAACUGUGAGGAAGUUGGAGAUGCGCAGCGCGUCCAGCAUGUCCCACCGCCGAUGCUACCUCCUUUGACCGCGUACAAUCCCAAACCCUCCGCGUCCUUCCCACAACCACGACACCGACGUCAACGACAACAAAAAGCGCACGCACCGGUCACAAUGUCUCCAAACAGCCGGCUGGAUUUCUCGGUGGCCUUUUGCUCCGCGCGUUCCCUUUACGCUGCGUCUUAGCGCGCCUGCCGCCGGGAACGUGAUGUCCUGGAUGUAUUUUCUCCGGAGAUUGUGAAGAGGAGAGGAAGCGAAGGCUCGCAGAGGAACAUGUGGAGAGCAGACACGACGCGCGGCGGGAGCACCGGAGGCACCGCGCGUAUUUAACGGGAAAUCACUUCUGUGCGCUCUUCUUGAGAGAGAGACAGAGAGAGACAGAGAGAGAAGGUCCUUCGAUGAGGAGACCGAGAGGGAAGAGAUGGUAGAGAAUGGCUGCACCUGACCUUCUUGACCCGAAGUCUGCCGCCCACGACUCCAAGCCCCGCCUGUCCUUCUCGGCCAAACCCGUGGUGCUGAAUGCUCCGGAGGACGAGUGCGACACCCGGACUACCGUGAUGAGGUGGAAGACUGUGUCAGCCAUCUUCUUGAUGGUGGUGCUUUACCUCAUUAUUGGGGCGACGGUGUUCAGAGCGCUGGAGCAGCCUCACGAGAGUUCCCAGAAACUGAGGAUCCUCGCAGAGAAACUGGAAUUCUUGACCAUGCACGCCUGCGUCAACUCCUCCGAGCUGGAGGAUCUGGUGAAGCAAGUGGUCUCUGCAGUUCGAGCAGGUGUGAACCCGUCAGGAAACGCAUCCAAUCAGACAAGCCUCUGGGACCUCAGCUCCUCCUUUUUCUUUGCUGGAACUGUUAUCACCACAAUCGGAUUUGGGAACAUCUCUCCUCACACAGAAGGAGGGCGGAUCUUCUGUAUAAUCUACGCUCUGCUGGGGAUUCCCCUCUUCGGAUUCUUAUUGGCUGGUGUCGGGGACCAGUUGGGCACGAUUUUUGGGAAAGGCAUCGCCAAAGUGGAGAAGAUGAUAGUGAAAUGGAAAGUCAGCCAGACGAAGAUCCGCGUCAUCUCCACGCUGGUCUUCAUCCUGUUCGGGUGCCUCAUCUUCGUGGCCCUGCCAGCUGUCAUCUUCAAGCACAUCGAGGGCUGGAGCGCCCUCGAGUCCAUCUACUUCGUCGUCAUCACCCUCACCACCAUCGGCUUCGGAGACUUUGUCGCCGGUGAAAAAGGUGGCUCAGAGAGUCCAGAGUACCUGGACUACUACAAACCCGUGGUGUGGUUCUGGAUCCUGGUGGGCCUUGCGUACUUUGCCGCCGUGCUCAGCAUGAUCGGAGACUGGUUCCGGGUCAUCUCCAAGAAAACUAAGGAGGAGGUCGGGGAGUUCCGGGCUCAUGCAGCCGAGUGGACGGCAAAUGUGUCAGCGGAGUUCAAAGAGACCCGGCGGCGGCUCAGCGUCGACAUCUAUGACAAGUUCCAGCGCGCGGCGUCCAUCAAGCGCAAGCUGUCGUCCGAGCUGGGUAUUAACCCAUCCAUCAACCAGGAAAUGACCCCCAGCAAGAGGACGCUGUCGGCCCACCUGUACGAGGAGAGAGAGGGUUACCCCAACUUGACUCUCUCUCUCAGCCCUGUCCCAGGGGCCCUGGCCAGGAACGGCAGCCUCUACCUAAAUGGCCUCAGCCCAGACUAUGCCGACCGGCGGGAGUUCGCCGUCAUCGAAAAUCUCAAAUGAGGAGCAGCGUGAAAACGAGAUUUAGGGAGAUGAGCGAAACCACUACAGUAAUACGGCACACACACAAUACACACACUUUUUCGCGCAUCCAUGAUACAGUAUCCAUACGUGUUCAUUAAGUGGACCGACUCCCACCAUUGAUGGGAAACACCGAGAGGGACUUCUACACAGAUCAGUCGCCAUGUGCGUGUUUAUUACUCGCAGACACAAUGGUAUACUGUGUGACAGCUCAGAGGUUCAAUUCAUUUCAUGAAGGAGUCCAACUUCCUCUCAUCACGUCAACGUGAUCGACAGCUGUGCUGGUUACUGAGCCAAAAUCACCAGCGUGUUCCUGACCGGAAACAGGAUUGUGUCCGAGGCGCGAGUUUCACAAACUUCUCUGUGCGCAGGAAGCUAUUUAAAGCCCAUAUUGAGGUGCAAACACGGUGGACAUCAUCUUCUCACAUGUCCACAUAUUAUAACUACGGUCAAAAUUAGAAAGCAAUAGAAAUAUCUGUGCUCCUCUCCUGUUCAAUUACCAGAGGCCCUGAAAUCUGCAUCAGAUGAAGAGGACCCUCCGAAUGUGGCUUUUUCUUUUGUCGUUUACACGUCUACAGUACAUGACAUGCCUUGCAUUCACCAGUCAGUCUGCCCUCACGAACAAGACGAAUGUUGACAUUAUCGCUCCUUCGUGACUGACGUCCAGCUUUUCACCCUAAGGAAUAACCCACUUGUGCCUUACUGAAAAAAACCACACUGAACAUGUGAGGAUGGUGAUGCGCGAAAGAAUUCGUCUGUCCACUCAUACUUGUUAUAUAUAUAUAUCUAUGAGCACAGCAGUGAUAAAGUCAUAUGUAGGGGGCAUCUUGGGGGAUGAAGAAGAGGCAAAUAAAGAAGAGGGCACUUUGUUUAAUCAUUUAAGGAGUUGAUACUGUUUCUCGAAAUAAGAUUAGUAACUGAGAAAAACGUGGCAGUGGCCAGUGUGAUUUGGGUAUUUUCUACCUGUCUUGAUGUGCUGAGAUAGUUACGUUAACCACACAGUGCCAAGCUCACUCAUCAAACCCCCCUCUCCCCCCGAACCAAAGUAAUGAUGGCGCUUUUCUGACAGAGGAUUGGGAGAGGCCUUCAGUCUGAUCAAAGGAUCAGGAGUGCUCUCUGUUACUUCUAAAGAUUUCCUGUCCUGAGGGUUUUUACAAAUUGAAAUUCUACCCACUGCUUUAUUUUUUUUAACUUUUUUAUUAUUUUUUUUUACCUUACUGCUUCCCAGGAUGUAGCAAGUUAGGCAGUAUUGCUUCAACCGAUAAAAGAUGAAAUCUGUUAUAUUGUGCCAAUACUGAAUGUACACUAUCAUGAAUCUUUAUUUGCUGCAGUGACCCAAUUUACAUGACAAGGUCUGAACUGAACCGAUUUAAAUAAAUGCCUCAUGCCGCUGGAUUUGUGUUGAUAAAGAUCAUACGAAUGGCAAGAAUCUCUGAUUCAUUGUAUUAUAUAUAUAUUCAGAGUUUUACGUUUGAAGGAGUUCUAAUAUUUUUAAUUCAAGAUGUUUCUGAAAAAAAGGGGAUUGCAUAUGAUGCUGUUAUGCAAGGAAAUUCUUUGUUCUGGUGUCCUAUCAGAUCUGUGGUGUUAUUCACUGCUUUUUAACAGAAUGAUUUGCUGUAAUAUUCAAUACACUUGAUAGUACUAUUUUCAGUUUGUAGCAUUGAAAAAGCUCAUUUAAAAUACAGUGCAUCUCACCGGAGAGUAUUUAAUGUGGCAAACCCGUGUCGACUUGCCAAAUGUCUAUAGUUUAUGGAUUAUUGGGUAUAAAAUUGACUUCAUAUGUGUUUAAUUUUUUUUACUAUACAGUUUAGGGAAACAGCCGUCUGUCGGAUUUUUUUUUUCCUCCACCAGCUUCAUGUAAAUUCAAACAUAAAAGUGUUUGAGUGGAGAAUCUUCACAUCACUAAAUUUAAACGGGUUCCACCAAACUUAUAAAAUUUUAUAUAUAGAUCAGCUUUAACUAAAUAUUUACACUCAGUAACUGCCAGGUAACUUAAACUAAACCAACUGACAAAGAUAACGUCACCUUGCUAAUAUGUUACACAUUUUGAACGAAGAGUCAACAGAGCACAACCGACAUUAAAUGACCUGAAACUGGGACUCGGCGGUCUAACAGUGACGUCUGGUGUGUAUUUUCUAAAGAUUUUUGGAAAUAACAAAGAAUUUUAUUUCAGUAAUGUUAGCCUACAUGACCGAUUAGUUUGAGUUGCGUGAUCUGAUAUUUCCCAGCUUUGAGUUUGCACGUUCUCCCCAUGUCUGUGUCGGAUUUCGGGCACUCCGGCUUCCUCCCACGGUCCAAAGACAUGCAGCUAAGAUUGACUGGUUGCCCCGAAUUGCUCGUAGGUGUGACUGGGAGCGUGGAUGGUUGUUGGCCUCCGGGUGUCGACCCUGUGAUGGACUGGCGAGGGACAGGGUGCACCCCGCCUCUCGCCGACUGUUAGCUGGGACUGUCUCCAGUUACAGUUUUGCUCUUUUUCUAGUCUUAAUCUUCUGGUUUUCUCUGAAAGGCUCUAACCGCUGGUCUGCUACCUUAAGCAUGACCGCUGAUUUCUGCCCUGACUGUCCUGCCACUUCAACUGCUGUUACGUGUAUAAUGAAGUCGAUCGGCCGAAUCGUGAAAGAAUGGUGGAGAAAAUACGAGAAAAGCAAAGAUGUGAGACUAAAAUAGCAUCGAGGUAUUUUUAUCCUCAAUAGCAAUGAGUGGCAUCAAAACACCUACUGUAACCUGAUUUGCAAUACACAAUGGAGUCAAUGGAGUUGCGUGAUAUGUCAGGCCAUGUGAGGCCACAUGUCAGGAUGCAUGUGCAUUAUGGUGUUUACAGUAUGUGUGUGUGUGCAUGAAUGAACAUGUGAACGUGCGCGUGCACUGGGGUUUGAGGAAACUCAUUUCAUUUCCACCCACUCAAGCAUUUUGCGUGACGGUUUAUAAUUAAAUCUGCGGCUCAAGCGUGUUGAAUGUAUCUUUCCAUUCAUGAUGAAAGAGAUGAGGCUCAUUAUGAACGUAAGCACAUUCACGAAUAAGCAUUGUGAUUUAUGUAGGCAGAGCACUUCAAUUAGCUCUGUGGGUAUAAUGUGGAGACAUCUCCAGGCUUCUUAAAGCCAUUAGCCCUUAAUUAAUUUGAGAGAAAAAAGAGGAAAUGAUGCCAUAAAACCACGAUUAUGUACCAAUCAUAGAGAUAAUGACAGACAAGUGUUAUCGUGUGGUUUCAGAGAAAUCUACUGUGCAUUAGUGGAAUGAGGACCCAUUUUUUUCAUGAACCACAUCUUUGGUUAUGAUUUGAUAAUUUGCAUGAUAAUGGUUUUAAAUUAAGCCCACAGAAAUUCCCUGUGUGGUUUAAAUAAGUUUUAGUAAAUCCACCUGUAAUUCUUUGCCUAUAUAAACAUGAGGGGAAAUGUAUACACAUGCACAUAUUGAGAAAAGUACAAACAUGAUUUCCACAAGUGUUGCAUGCUACUUCAAGUGUUACUUCCAUUGAUUAUAGAUCAAAUGUGUCUAUAAUCCAGGCUUUCCUUGUAUGGCAACCAUGUGUUACCAGUAUGUUAUUGUGGGUAUGUCGCCACAAAUCAUGACAAACUUUUAAGAAGAUUUAGAAUAAAAAAUUUUAUAUGCG